UCCUCUGUUUUUCUGCUGUGUAGGAGUCAGAACCAGAAGUAAAGGCAGAUGGAGAGACUGCAUCUGACAGUGAGAACCGUGCGGAAGCUGCUCCCCUAGUAACCUCCGCAGACGAUACCCCAGAGGUCCUCAAUAGGGCCCUUUCCAACUUGUCUUCAAGAUGGAAGAACUGGUGGGUGAGAGGCAUCCUGACUUUGGCCAUGAUUGCAUUUUUCUUCAUCAUCAUUUACCUGGGACCAAUGGUUUUAAUGAUGAUUGUGAUGUGUGUUCAGAUAAAGUGUUUCCAGGAGAUUAUCACUAUUGGCUACAAUGUCUACCACUCCUAUGAACUACCUUGGUUCAGGACCCUCAGCUGGUACUUCUUACUGUGUGUAAAUUAUUUCUUCUACGGUGAAACAGUGACGGAUUAUUUCUUCACGCUGGUCCAGAGAGAGGAGCCUUUGAGGAUUCUCAGCAAAUACCACCGGUUCAUUUCCUUUACUCUCUACCUGAUAGGAUUCUGCAUGUUUGUAUUGAGUUUGGUCAAGAAGCAUUACCGUCUGCAGUUCUACAUGUUUGGCUGGACCCACGUAACGCUACUGAUUGUUGUCACCCAGUCACAUCUCGUUAUCCACAACCUGUUUGAGGGAAUGAUCUGGUUCAUUGUCCCCAUUUCUUGCGUGAUCUGUAAUGACAUCAUGGCCUAUAUGUUUGGAUUCUUCUUUGGUCGGACCCCACUCAUCAAGCUGUCACCGAAGAAGACCUGGGAAGGCUUCAUUGGGGGCUUCUUUGCUACUGUGCUGUUUGGCCUUCUGCUGUCCUAUGUGAUGUCUGGGUACAGAUGCUUUGUCUGCCCUGUGGAGUACAACAAUGACACCAACAGCUUCACUGUGGACUGUGAGCCCUCGGACCUGUUUCGCUUACAUGAGUACAACAUUCCUGAGGUGAUCCAGUCGGUCAUUGGCUGGAAAAUCGUCCGGAUGUACCCUUUCCAGAUUCACAGCAUUGCCCUCUCCACCUUUGCCUCGCUCAUCGGCCCCUUUGGAGGAUUCUUUGCAAGUGGAUUCAAACGAGCCUUCAAAAUCAAAGACUUUGCCAAUACUAUUCCUGGCCACGGGGGCAUCAUGGAUCGCUUUGACUGCCAGUAUCUGAUGGCCACCUUUGUCAAUGUGUACAUCGCCAGUUUUAUCAGGGGCCCGAACCCAAGCAAGCUGAUUCAGCAGUUCAUGAACUUGCGGCCAGAACAGCAGCUCCACAUCUUCAGCACACUCAGGUCUCACCUGAUCGACAAGGGGAUGCUGACAGAUGCCACGGAGGACUAGUAGGGGCCACGCAGGGCUGAGAGAGCAGGACUGAGCGAGGGAGCGGGCACCAAGGUCAGCCCAGCUGGUGUGACUGAAAUGAUGACAAGGCUUCAACUCACUGUCUUUUUUUUUUUUUUAAUUUUUUGAAAGAGUGUUUUUUUAUCUGUGGGUUUUUAAAAAAAUUCUGUAUAUACAGUCUAUGUGCUUAUGAUUUGGGUUGUGAGUAAACUAUAGCUUUGAGUUGGAAAGAAGUCAUGGGGGUGAAACUAUUUGGGUUUUUAAACAGAAGUUUUAAAAACCUGGAAGACAGUUUUGCCCAGGUACUUCUGGUCUCAUCAGUUGAACUGGGCUUGAUCAGGGAGUGGCUGUUAAUGUGUUCUGACCCCGUCAGCAUCCCCCAUACCUGUACUACCCCUUCUCCCCAGCAGAGAGGAGGUGCACGGCUUGGAUGUCUUUGCCAGGAGAGCUUUCACCCGAGCUACUCUGUAGUCCUGCCUGGAGCUCCAGGGGUCUGCCUGUCGUGGGCUGGAGGGACAAAGGCUUAUUCUCAGAUCAGCAUUCUGUCCACAUGAAAUCCUGUGGAACCUGAGCUCUGCUUUAUGAUAUGGGUUCACCUUACUUCAUCACAGACUGAAGUUUUCUCGAGAGAGAGCACGAAACAUUAUUUAUAAUAGUCUGGUAGAAAACACCACACUGUAAUAUUUCAAGUGUAUACAGUAGCAUGUACUGUAACCGAGCCCCUUCCCCCAUGUUUAGGCUCACAUGGCUCCUAGGGGGCAGUCCACUCACUGUCUUUUCAGGGACGAUGGUGUUCAUGUUUGUGCUGUGGACUGGCUGCUGCUGAAUCCUCUCUGGGGCUUGCCCGUUAGGCAGGGAGCAGAAGGCUUCUUGUUUGUGCCCCUUUGCCUGACUGACCACCCACGUAGCUGCUGUAUUAUAUAUAUAUUGCUCCUGAGGCAAAUGUGUAUUGUGUAUGUGUUUUAAAAAUCACUUAUUUCUUAUAGUGAUUUCAAUUGCCAAGACUUCUUCACUGAAAUCACAAAGUCCUGCUUAAAACUCUGGAAAACCCAACCCAAUUAGAGGUUUGACUAUUCUGAAGAUUAAAUGCACACUUUUUAUAUAAUGUGA